AUCUUGGCUGAGGCGGUGGAUCUGGUUGUAGUUGUAGAUUCUAUUGUAGUGGGAGCCGUGGAAGAUCUUGAGAAUGUAUCAUUUCUUGUCAACACUGUUGCUGUUGUUUGCAUCGCCUCUGUUAUUCCAGGGGUUGGUGUUCCUGUUUGGGUCGCAGUCGUCCAAGCUGUUUGGGUAGCCGUCGUAGCUAUUGGCUUAUUGAUUGAUACAAGAGUCGUUGAUGUGGACAUAGUAGUAUGUGUUGUUGUUGAUGGUGUUGAAAGUUUAGUCGUGAUCGUUGCUGUUGUCCCUGGUGAAGUUGUUGUGGUAGAAUAUGCCUUUGUUGACGUUGUUGAUGUGGGCGUAGUAGUAAGUGUCGUUGUUGUUGGUGUUGAUGUGGAAGUAGUAGUAAGUGUCGUUGUUGUUGGUGUUGAUGUGGAAGUAGUAGAAAGUGUCGUGGUUUUUGGUGCUGAUGUGGGCGUAGUUGUAAGUGUCGUUUUUUUUGGUGUUGAUGUGGAAGUAGUAGUAAGUGUCGUUGUUUUUGGUGUUGAUGUGGAAGUAGUAGGAUGUGUCGUUGUUGUUGGUGUUGAUGUGGGAGAAGUAGGAUGUGACGUUGUUGUUGAUGUAUGCGUAGUAGUAAUUGUUGUUAUUUUUGUCGGUGUUAAUGUUGGUGUAUUACUAAGUAUUGUUGUUGCCGGUGUUGCUGUUGGAAUGGCCGUGUGCGUUGCUGUUGUCAGUGUAGAAGUUGGUGUGGUAGAAUAUGUCGUUGCUGGAGGGUUUGAUAUUUGUGUGGUAUUAUGCUUCGUUGUUGUCGGUGUUGGCGUUGGGGUGGUGGCAUUUAUUUUUGUUGGCGGUGUUGACGUUAAUGUGGUGGUAAAUGUUGUUAUUAUUGGUGUUGAAGUUGGUGUUGUAGAGUGUGUUGUCAAUUUUGAUGUUGAUAUGGGCGGGGUAGCAGGUGGUGUUAUCGUUGGUUUUGAUGUUGACAUCAUUGUUGUUGGCAGUGUCGAUGUUGUUGGGGUCGUCAGUUCAAGCGUUGUCAUUAUCUGUGUUGCUGUUUCUGUGAGUGUACCGGUACUGUUUAAAGGUGGUGAAAUUGUUGUUCUGGUUGAUGUUGGUCGCGGUGUAGAUGUGAGCGCUGCUAAUGGCGUAAUUGGCAAAGCAGGCACUGCUGUGUCUGUAACAGGAGAAGUUACUGGCGAUGUAGUUGGUGACGAUAACUGUGUGGUAGCUGACUGCGCUGUGCUUGCAGCCGUUGUUGUUGUUGUUGUUGUUGUUUCUGAGGUGGUCGUAGUGUCGGCUUCAAGAAUGGCAAUAUCGGCACAGUUGUAAAACGUCUCCUGAGCGCCACACCCUCGACAAUACUUCCCCGUC